GAUUUCCUCUAAAAAAAAAAGAAUCGUCGUGGAUUUCGUCUGAAGAGAGGAUUCGUCGUCUCCUGCUCUGCUCCGCCUCGCCGAAGAUGUCCUCCGCCGCCGGAGCCGGAGAGCCCUCGUCUUCUUCCCGCCCUGGGAAGGAGAGAGAGGACGGCGGAGAGGAGAGCAACCGCAAGGAGGAGGAUCAGGGGACUGCGGUGGCGGAGGGAGACGUGGAUCUGGAACUCUAUGGCGCCGCGUCGGGGUGGGUGGAGGCGCGGACCAGCUGCCCCCACCUCUCCGCCAUGCCCGCCGCCGGCGCCGACGAACUCGCUCGCGUGCCCUCGCCUGACUCACAGUGCUCUAGGUGUCAUCACCCUUCUGAAAACUGGUUAUGUUUGAUCUGCAAAGAUGUGUUGUGCAGUCGUUUUAUCAACAAACAUAUGCUGUGCCAUUAUCAAGAAAUGGGCCAUUGUAUUGCCCUGAGCUUCAGUGAUCUGUCAGUCUGGUGUUUUGCCUGCGACUCCUACCUAGAUGCGCAGUCCAUUUUAGAACUGCGUCCAGUUUAUGAAGUUGCACAUCUGUUGAAAUUUGGAGAAAGACCCCCUUUUCGAACACUUGAAGUACUGGAUUUGAGCAGUGGACAAACUGGAAGUUCAUCUUUAGGAUCCUAAUGCGUUAUAUUUUGUUAGCUAGUUUUCUUGUCAUGAUGACAGUAAUCUGUGUAAGGUGCCACUUAUUAACUUCAGCACAAGAUAAGUUGGUCCUGUUCUUUUCCUCACUACUCUUAGUUAGUACUACCUGACUACUUGUUCGGCGUGGAACAAAACGAGAAUUGUAAAAGUCUGUUCACCUUUCAGGAUAAUAAAAGCAUUAUAAAUGCCUUGAUAUUGACAUCCAGAAAA